GGAAGCAUCAAUGGAUUCAUCCAUUACAAGAGCAUUCUACAGCUUGAUUGUACACACUGUCCAGACUGUCCAAGUUUUGGAUUUUAAAAAGAGACAAUGAUCUGCUGAAGAAGUGACUGGGCCAUUUUUAACAGGACUAAACUACACAUGGAUUUGAGAAGAACUUGCCAGCCCUGGUUCCCAUCACCACCACUGUAAUGUACGAGUUGAUGAAUCUGUUAAUUGUGAGCGCAUUGAAAGUCUUCAAAGUGAACUCGGCCAAAACUUGAUGAAGGACAUUUCUUCAAAAGGACAUUACAGGUGGAUGGGUGUGGAGCAGGUAGAGCGGUUACCGGUGGAGCUUGUUUAUAAAGGGUUGAACAAGCUGCUCCGGUGCUCACAACUCCUCUCACUGUCGGCUCGAACCAGCAAGACGACCUUAAUACACUGCCAAUAUUGAUGGGGUACCAAGCUCAAUAUCAGGACCACAGCAACAAGAAAACAAGUGAAACAGCAGAGAGUGGAUUAACACAGUGAACAACGCCAGCAACACCAUGUUGAUUCACCACGCUUCAGGGAGCAUGAUGGCAGUCCUGCAGGAGAUGCAGGACAAUGGCAAUUGUCCCCAUGAUGAGGCUCUGCAGUAUCUGUUCUUCCUUCUCUCCAAAAUGGCUUUGAACACACUAGUGUUGUCCUUCUGGUUGCAGAGCAUUACCAAGUCCUUUAUCGGCAUCCUCAGCAUCUCCAUGUACCUGGUUGACCUGUUAAUGAUCUGCACCAUUUCCUGGAUCUACUCGUUCAGGGAGAACCUUGAAGCCCACAAGUUCCUGUGCUUUAGUCUGUCGCACAGCUCCACCGUGUACUCCGUGCUGCCUUUGCCCGUUCUUCUGGCAGGAGCAUUGGACUAUGCUGCCCAUCGGCACCUGGUGGUCAGCUGGGACUCUCCAGGGAGGACAGCUGGCCGCUGCAUAGUAGUGCUAUUAAUGUGGGCCUUGGCGUGCUGCUAUUCCUAUAUGUACACCAGUGCUGAACUGCUGACGAUUCAGUACAAGGAAGAAAUGCAAGCUCUUGUAUGCCCAGUGCAAGAUUCUACGGUGGUCAGCUACUUCAAUUUGAACUUGUUCAUUGCGGCAGGUGCCAUACUUUUGCUAUACUGCAGGGGGGUACCUCGGUGGGCUCGCCUGGCCAACAAACUGAGCAGCAAAAGGGGUUGGCUACUUGCUCCUAAGAGUGAUCUAGCCUUUUUCAACACUCCACAGAAGCUCAAAGAAGGGACUACUGAGGACCCACGUAUGGAUCAGGAUAGGCAGGACCUUCCUCCUCUUUUUGUGAGCCUGACUCUCUGCUUCAUUUUGAACUGGACACCCUACUUGUUAAUGAGCGUAACCUGUGACCUCCUGGGAUUCGCAGUGCCGGCUUAUGCUACAGUUAACCUCCUAUGGACGGCCUGUGCCAACAGUUUACUGGCCGGUGUGGCCUUCUGGUACAGCAGUGAUGAUCUUAGACCUUUCUGCAAAUUGCCAGAUGACAUCUGCACAUGGAGCUUUUACUGGCAUUUGAGUAAAGAAAACUAUCCAGCCAGUAAGAUGUGCCACAACAGACUAAGCACAUUGUCGGAAAAACUGCUGUACCAGCUGUAGAGAUUUAGUCAAAAGAACUAAGAGUGAAAGCACCAUUUAAAGUUUUUAUAUCCAACCCAAGGCCCGUCACAAAGGCAGGCCCUUUGCAAUCGAAAGCAAGCUGAGCUAAAGCUGGUUGCACUUAUCGAGCAAUCUUUCUGCAGACACAAGGACACUGGUCAAAGUUCAGCUCUUCUGUACAGCACAGUGUAAAUAUGAUUUUUAAACAAAUAAUAAAUGUGGGAAUGUAUACUGAU